AUGGCUCCAUCACCCGACGGCAGCCCCAACGCAUCCCGCUCCCGCUUGAUCCGGGACAUGUCCCAGAGCCUGAGGGAGUCACGAAGCUCGCCGCUUCCCCAUCCUUCCUCAUUCGCCCACAACGACGAUACAAACACCCUCCCCAGCGCCGACCUCGAGCUGCACACCGACUCCAGUUUCAACCCGGCCCUAGACGACGCUCCCGAGUCGACCAAUCACCGCGGAUUGGACGACACCCAGCCCGUCACGAACAUGCGCUCCAGUGCUGCGCGAUUCAAGUACUGGCAACCUCCGAAGCCCGAGCAGCGCAUCGACACCUCUCAGAUUCAGCAGGAGUUCCACGACUUCUCCGACAGCAACGACGUUGAGGAGAGCAGAUCCAUCGAGGUUGGUCGCGGCCAGAACAGAAGCAACAAGAACACCCCCAACAAAUUCCUUGGCGAUAUGUCGUUCAGCAUCGCCAACGACAGCCUCUACAACAUCUCGGAGAAUGCGCGCGCCAGGUCACGCCCGACCCCGCGCAAGAGUGAGGGUGCUGACCGCGGCAACCUUCGGCGCGACGCCCAAAUUCGACGCGCUUCCUCUCUGCCCCAGAAGGACCUCGAGAACAUAGCCGCCCGCCUCGGCAAGAACAGCGAGCGUAUUUCGCCGAAAAAGACUGCCAAUCGUCCCAGUCUGGCCACAUUCCACGCACAGCUGGCUGCCGAGGAAGAUGAGACCUUCAUGGAGAGGCCGCCGACGGAAACUUUCGCCGCAAAGAACCCGCGGUUCGGAAACCGCGCACGCCAAGCAUCCGGUCUCGUGAACGAUAGUCCACUCCAGACUCCGCAGAAGUCAGUCUACGCAACUCCUCGCUCUGCAACACAUGGUGCAGGAAACGCCACACACCAGUCCUUCAUGCUUCCCGAUCUUCCCAACCUGACUGAGCUGGUCUCAGGCACCUAUAAAGAUGGAACGCCUAUCUUUUCGCGCAACGCCAAGUCUCGCUCGCGCUUUGCCGCACCAAUUCCGAGUCGUUUGAGGGAGGAGACGACCGUGAGGCACGUGCCCAUUGAAAGCGUUCCCAUCCCGUCUGAGGAGAAGGCCUUGUAUACCUCUCUCCAGUUGCUCAAGGACAAGCUUGCCCAGAUGGAGCAAGACAAGGCCGAGUCUGAGAAGAAGAUGGAAGAGUAUGAGGCACAAGUUGCUGAACUCCGGGCUGAACUUACUGCACGGGAUGAGAUCCGCCGCAGUGACAGCGCGCUGGGAUCCACUGAUGGUGAGGGGAAUAAGAGGGAUAGUGGGCGAGUCGAGAAGACCCGUCUGAAAUCUCAAGUCGACUCCCUUCGCAACCGCCUGGAGCGUGCAGAGCGCAAGGUUUCCGUGAACGAAAUCGCAACCAAGCGGAUCACCGAGGAGCGUGACAAUGCUGUAACGCAACUCGGCGUUGCAUUCUUUAACUCAGAGGAAAUCAAGACGGAGCGCGAUGAACUCUUGGCUGAAAAUGAAAGCCUCCGGGGAGAGGUCGAUGCUCUUCAGGCCGAGAACGAUGAGCUGCGCGACCGCCUCGCCCAGUAUGAAGAACAGGGCCAGCGCCCCCAGAAGAACUCUAGCCGAAAGGACAGCGCCAUCAGGAAGGAGAACGAAACUCUUCACUUGGAGCUUAAGAAGGCCCAGGCAAUCCAAGCCGAGCAUGCCAAACUGAAAAAAGAGAGCGAUGCUCUCAAGGCUCAGGUCGCGCAGAUCAAGACGCAUCGCCAGGAAGAGGUUAGGCAAAGGAACAACAGAGAGGCCGAACUUCGUACGAAACUCAACAGGAGAGAUGAGACGAUCCAAUCGCUCAAGGGUCUGAGUGGAGAGGAGGCGAAUGACAACCUGCGGAACGAGAUAGAGGAGAUGCGGGUCCUGUUGGCUGAACUGGAGAACCAGCGUGAAGAGGAUGCGCAAGAAUGGGCCCGCAAGGAGGCUCGCCUCCGCAAGAAGGUCGAUAAGAGCCGCGAGGCCGCGAAGGAGGCGCAGGACAUCACCAAGGAACUGCUCAACGUCAGGCGAUCAAGCUCGCAACGUCGCUCUUCUCGCGAGGACCCUACAGAAAAUGGAACGCGCACUUUCGACAGCAGGCAGAAGCGGCCUUCCGGCAGCCGCAGGACGCAGGAAACUUCGCUUCCUCGUUCAAGUUCCAAGACAAGGCCUGGCGCAGUCAGGCCUGAACGUCGCUCUGUGUCCGAUCCUCAGCCGACUGUUCAUGACGAUGCGGACAGUGAGACCGAGUCCACGACUGACCUCGACGCCUUUACGCAUUCCCGUAACUCUCGCGCUGCCGACCAUUCGAUGCAUGGCGCCGUCCCUGGUCUGGCGAACAAGGCACAGGAGGUAACUGGUGACACCACUGAGUUGAGUUUCAUGGGCCGAGAUGAGAUUGCACACCUAAGGAGGAUGCUUGAAGAGGAGAGAGCAGCUGCCCGUAAGCAGUCGCGCUCUACGUCUCGGACACGAGCGGCACAGGAUGAUACCGCUCGCUCGGUACCUCGCAAGUCAUCCAUGAAGGAUCUCACGAGCGCAUCUCGUGCAAUGGACCUCACUGAGGCAAAUACUGGGCGCAUCUUGAGUGCAAACUUGGAGCCGGCCAGCGCCGCAAAGGAUGCUACGCAGCAGUCAGUUCAAAGCCAGUCGAACAGUCGCCGCCGCCGAAGCGCACCUGUGGAUAUGACUUCAGCAUUCAUCAUCCCUGAUAUUACCGUCAACGCUCGGAGUGCUGAGCAGCAUGAUGAUGCCAACUGCACCGUCUGCCGCAAGGCGUCGUGUUCCGGUGAACACACUGCGCCGGUAGAGAUCCCGGAACCCGUUCCCGUCUCCGAGCGCAUGCCCGACGACGUUGAUGCAACUAUGCGGCCUUCGCAGCCUGCACCGCUCGCUCUAGCUACCGUCAUCAAGGAGCUGCAAGACGAGCUUACUCAUCUCAACCUGCAGAAAGCGGCGUAUGACUCUCUGCUCCGCAGCCACGAUCCUGCGCUUAGCAAACGCAAGCGCAAGACCGUCGAGGCCAAGAUUUCGGACCUCCUGCAGGCAAUCAGCGCCAAGUCGGAUCAGAUUUAUGCGUUGUACGACGUCGUCGAGGGACAGAAGGCCGCCGGUCAGCUGAGCGAAGCGGAUCAGAAGGAGGUGGAGGAGACGCUGCUGAGCGUCGGCAUCGACCCUGAGGAGAUGCGCGAGAAGACGCAGAAGCCGAAGGGCAAGCGCGUCGUCAUCAAUGACAGGGAGAAGGACAGCGAGAUCGGCGGCCUCACCGAUGAUGACGAGCUGCCGUGGGAGGGCAUCAGCGACUCUGAGAGCUUUCCCGACUUGAACGCCAGCGCCGGCUGGAAGAGGAGAGCCGUUUAUUGA